AUGGCAAACCAAGUUAGUUUACUCGCCUAUCUACAACAAGGACCACCAAGCUUCGAAUUCAUCGAUGUCGGCCAAUCUAAAACCAACACAACAAAUGCAAACUAUGGACCAGGUGACAUUCGCAACAUUGAUGACUGGGAGGACUUCAAUAUAACCACCAUCCUGCAAGAAUUUGGCCCGCUGCUCAACAUGAUCCACAUGGAGUAUGAUCCUAUUCGACAUAUGACCCCAGAACGAGGGAUAACUUCUGAAAGUGGUCUGCAUCUCGCAUUUGGUGAAUACUUCCAUGCUAGAAUCCGGCGAUCGCUUCGGCAUACCUUUGAACACCUCGAGGACCGCGCCAGGCAACGUGUUGCUCCCCAUAAUCGCAAUCCAAGCCGACCGGAAGAUAUUGCUUUCAACCAAGUCCUCGAUCGAGUCCUUGAUCACGGGCUUCCCGAACGCACUACUGUCUUGAUGGGGGUAGGCUCGGAUGCUCUUACGCCGGAUCAAUUCACCCUAGAUCUUUCGCUCUAUGCAGCUGGCGAAGCUGGCAGUCAAAGACGCAGCUUGGGUCCGAACCGCCUCCCAGGUGACAUGAAGCCCUCAUGGAAAUGGUCCCACAGCAUGAAAGACAAUCUGCUUCAGAAGAUGGAAUUCCGCAAAGCAUUGGCACAAGUGAACUGGUACAUGAAGCAGCAUAGCACGCAGUUCGGCUUCAUCCUUACUGAGCAAGAGCUUGUUCCAAUUCGUCGACUCAAUGACAAUGGGGACUUAAGACUGGCCAAUCCGAUCCCCUGA